CGCUGGGCCCCGGUCCCCCGCGGGUUGGCACAUGGCACCGCCCCACCCCGCGCUCGCCGGCCGCGGCCCCACGGUCCGGUCCCGGCCCCGCCGCGGGGUGCUGCCGGCAGCCGCGGGCCGGGUUGGGCGGCAACCGGCGGCCGGAGCCGCCCUGACCUUCCCCGUCUUUGAGGCGCCGUCCCCGAGGGGCGGCGGCCGGGACCCGGCGCCCGCGUUUACCGGCUGAGGGAGCCGAGCUGCCGCCGGCGGCUCUGCCCCGGCGCUGAGGGGGGUGGAAGGCGCCCGGCCCAGCUCCGAGGGAGUGAGGGGCAAACCCGGGCCGCACGCUGAGGGAACGGGUCCCUCCGGCCGGUCGGUGAGCGGGAGUCACUGGCUUUGGGUGAGGAUUCAGAAUGGGAGACAAGCCUAUCUGGGAGCAGAUUGGGUCCAGCUUCGUACAACAUUACUACCAGCUUUUUGAUGCAGACAGGACUCAGUUAGGAGCAAUAUAUAUUGAUGCAUCAUGCCUUACGUGGGAAGGACAGCAGUUCCAGGGCAAAGCAGCUAUUGUUGAAAAACUCUCUAGCCUCCCUUUCCAAAAAAUACAACACAGCAUCACAGCACAAGACCACCAACCUACACCUGACAGCUGUAUACUCAGUAUGGUAGUGGGACAGCUUAAGGCUGAUGAAGAUCCUAUCAUGGGAUUCCACCAGAUAUUUCUAUUAAAGAACAUCAACGAUGCCUGGGUUUGCACCAAUGACAUGUUCAGGCUAGCAUUGCACAACUUUGGCUGAGCUGGAAACCCCGAGGCACCCGUGCUUUUUUUUUUUUUUUUUUUUUUUCUCCUCUCCUCUUACUGGUAUUAUUCACACUCACGGAACAUUCCAAAUAUCAUACACAAAGCUGCAGCCCUGCGGAGCGUGAGCAAGCAAGACCUGUGACCUGCCCUUCUGCUGAGUUUACAUUGUCACUAGAUGAGUUUCUUGUGCAUGAUGUUUGGAAGUUAGACUUAGCUGCAUUUGACAAGAGAAAUUUGUGUUGUACCAGCAUGCCUCGGAAAGAAUUUACAAUGCAAAAGGUUGUUGUUUAUGUAUUGACAAGAUGCUCUAUAACCCAAAGAAAUGAAAGAACAGCAGCCUGUACAGCCCAGAUAUUGAUUUAUUCAGAUGUUUCAAUGCUACAUUACACAAUAAAACCAUCAGAUUUUCUUAACA